GCCAUGUGACUCGAACCCUUGCAGUUCAAGUUCAACUACCCCAUCCUGAAAGGUGGUUUAAUCCACUCCUGCUUUAGAAUGGUAGGGACGCUACCACCAUCUGGACUGGAGGGGGAGUGUCCUUUCCGGAUGUGACACCACUUUGACCCGGAAAAGAAGGAAGCCGGGGCAGUGGGGCCUGGUGGCAGCUAUGGAGGGAUCUGGCCACAGGGUGGUGUUUGAGAAGGGAGGCGUGUACCUGCACACCAGCGCCAAAAAGCACCAGGAUCCGGACUCGCUCAUUGCAGGUGUCAUUCGUGUUGUGGAGAAGGACAGUGACGUCCUUCUGCACUGGGCUCCUGUAGAGGAGGCUGGAGAUUCCACCCAAAUCCUCUUCUCCAAGAAGGACUCCAGUGGGGGUGAUUCCUGCACCUCUGAGGAGGACCCUACCUUUGACCCAGGCUAUGAACCCGACUGGGCUGUCAUCAGCACUGUGCGGCCACGGCUGCACCACUCAGAGCCCACAGAAGGUGCAGAGCCCAGCUCCACCAGGGGCCCCUGGGCCUUCUCAGUGAGCCUGGGGGAACUCAAGUCCAUCCGCCGGUCCAAGCCAGGACUCAGCUGGGCCUACUUGGUCCUGGUGACUCAGGCUGGAGGCUCACUGCCUGCCCUGCACUUCCACCGUGGGGGCACCCGAGCCCUGCUCCGUGUCCUCAGUCGCUACCUGCUGUUGGCCAGCUCCCCACAGGACUCCCGCCUCUACCUCGUCUUCCCUCACGACUCUUCUGCCCUCUCCAACUCGUUUCACCACCUGCAGCUCUUUGACCAGGACAGCUCCAAUGUGGUGUCUCGCUUCCUCCAGGACCCCUACUCCACCACCUUCAGCAGCUUCUCCCGAGUGACCAACUUUUUCCGGGGAGCCCUGCAGCCACACCCUGAGGGGACCUCCCCUGAUCUUCCUCCACCACCUGAUGAUGAGCCUGAGCCUGGGUUUGAGGUCAUCUCUUGCGUAGAACUGGGGCCACGGCCAGCUGUGGAACGGGCUUCUCCAGUCACAGAGGGGGAGUGGGCCCUCCACGUGGGCCCUGAGGGCCGCCUGCAGCAGGUGUCUGAAUUGAAGAACCGGAUCUUUUCAGGGGGUCUGAGCCCCAGCCUGCGGCGAGAGGCCUGGAAGUUCCUCCUGGGCUACCUCAGCUGGGAAGGCUCAGCUGAGGAGCACAAGGCCCAUGUGCGCAAGAAGACGGAUGAGUAUUUCCGCAUGAAGCUGCAGUGGAAGUCUGUGAGUCCUGAGCAGGAGCGGAGGAACUCACUCCUACACGGAUACCGCAGCCUCAUUGAGAGAGAUGUGAGCCGCACUGACAGGACCAACAAAUUCUACGAGGGCCCCGAGAACCCAGGGCUGGGCCUCCUGCAUGACAUCCUCCUCACGUACUGCAUGUACCACUUUGACCUCGGCUAUGUCCAGGGCAUGAGUGACCUUCUCUCCCCGAUCCUCUACGUCAUUCAGAGUGAAGUGGAUGCUUUCUGGUGUUUCUGUGGCUUCAUGGAGCUUGUGCAUGGAAACUUUGAGGAGAGUCAGGAGACCAUGAAGCGGCAGCUUGGGCAACUCCUGCUGCUCCUGAGGGUGCUGGACCAGCCGCUGUGUGACUUCCUGGACUCCCAGGACUCUGGUUCUCUCUGCUUCUGCUUCCGGUGGCUACUCAUCUGGUUCAAGAGAGAAUUCCCUUUCCCAGAUAUCCUUCGACUGUGGGAGGUGUUGUGGACAGGGCUUCCUGGUCCCAAUCUGCACCUGCUAGUAGCUUGUGCCAUCCUGGACAUGGAACGUGACACCCUCAUGCUGUCUGGCUUUGGCUCCAACGAGAUCCUUAAGCAUAUCAAUGAGCUGACCAUGAAGCUGAGCGUGGAAGAUGUGCUAACGCGCGCGGAGGCCCUCUACCGGCAGCUGACCGCCUGCCGCGAGCUGCCCCACAACGUGCAGGAGGUUUUGGGUCUGGUGCCGCCCUCAGAGCCCCGCAGCCCCUCGCCCCCAGUGUCUCCACUGCCACUAUCACCCACACGGGCCCUGCCGACCCCGCCGCCUUCAGUGGACACAGCCCCACAGCCUGACAGCAGCCUAGAGAUCCUGCCAGAGGAGGAAGAAGGUGCGGACUCCUAACCCACUGACCAGCCACUUGAUCUGCCCUGGGCCUCUGGCCAGGGAGGGAGGGACCUGUGAGAAGCGUGGCUCCCUGCCACACCCCUGAUAAGCUGGUUUCAUUAAACUGACAUAUUACUUUUUGGCACUGUGGCCAGGAUGAGGAGGUAGUGACCCAUGUGACCCCUGAGCGGAGCCCAAGCCUGACCACCUGACUCGGACUUGGCCAAUGAGACAUAAGAGGAGGUCCCUGGGAGAGUGUGUGGAGGCGGGCUUUCCAGCUGGCCUGACUUGGGGCUCUGGAAGAAAGGGGGGGGGGUUUCAGGGCUGUGGCGGGAGCCACCUGCUGGACAUAAUGGCAGUAAGGGGCCUGCAGAGCUGCACACUGGGAUCCUGCCUACUGGCUACUGCUCUUGUGAAAAAAAUAAACUUGUUUAGCCCACUGGGA